AUGGGGAUAAUGCUAUUAUUUUUACCAAAAUCCUGUUUUUCAUAUGAUGCAUUUUUUGGUUCAUAUGAUUAUGAGUUCCCCGACAGAGUUGUUAAUCACCCAGUUUGCUAUGAAACUAUGUGCAAAUUUAAAUAUCCAUGUCCCGAUCCAUAUACUUGUUCAGCAAUUAAUUUAACGUUUAAACGAGGUACUUACAUAUUAGAAGCAACCGGCGGCGGUUCAAAUCUAGGAUAUAGUUACGGAAUUGUUUCAUUUCCAAAAACUACCAAUAUUUUACUUCACAUUGGUGGAUCUUUUUUCGAACAAAAGACCAUAAAAACACCGAUUUAUAAUGGUGGUGGAAUGGGAUGCGAUUAUUCUGGAGGUGGAGCUACAGAUUUUCGAACUAGUCAGGACAUUCAUGAUAGAUUUAUAAUUGCUGGUGGCGGACCUAACGGAGGCGGUGAAAGUAAUGCUAAUUUUGAAGAAUUAUAUGGUCAAAAUUCAGAUGUUCAUAAUUGCCCAAGUCUUUAUCCGCGUGACCCAGAUUAUGAGGAAAAUAUGAGACGUAGAAAAGGAGGCGGUGGUGGGUUAUAUGGAGGUAUAAAUAAUCAAGGCGGAUCAGGCUUUGUUUAUAAUUUUUCUUAUGGUGCUAAUCCUGCUAUUAUUAAUAAAAUUAAUCACUUCAAAGUUCUAUCCGGAGAUACAUUCUUUGGACAUCCAUAUAAUGAUGGAUAUCAGGCAAAAAUAAGAUUAGCUGAUGCACAUUAUUACAUACCUGGCAUUAAUAAUAUGAUAACACCAGGACCAGGAAUCCAUUAUCGCGUAUACAGAGAUAGAUAA